GUAGAGAGAGCCUUUUGACUCAUUUUUGUGCAACAGUCUCAGAACUGAAACAACGCCAGCGGCGGCAAAAAGAUUGAUACUUUUGCAUGAUUUUCUCUCACCCAGAGAAAAAGAUAUUUCCCAUGGUCUAACUGAACUUCGUGCCUUUUUGUUCAUCAAUCGGUCAGCAAUCCACAAGAGUCCAAAUUUUGAAUUGUGGAGCAAAUCACUAUUGAAAUCUUCACAUACUUCACUAAGUGUAGUGAUUUUUAUUGGAGGCGAUCCCUGCUUUGGUUUCGUUGGCGUUUUCUGGGUCCGUUUGUUUCUCUUCUGCUUACCUAUGUAGUCUGACAUCUCUGCUUCUCAUAAUUUAGCCCACCAUCAAACUUGUUAUUGGAAUCCGACUAUAAAAGUAAUUCAGAUCCGAUUUUCAAGAGCAAGUCCAGAAAGUUCACAGCUUUGGUGCUGGUUUAGCCUACACCAUAUAGCAGCUUAUUAGAUUUCUGUGGGUAAUAUUCUGCAUAGUGGAUUCAGAAUAAGCUAGAUGACUGUGGAUGAAGCGGGUAGUAGCUCCAUAUGGAGUAGAGAGCAAGAUAAGGCAUUUGAGAAUGCCCUGGCAACUCAUCCUGAAGAUGCUUCAGAUCGAUGGGAGCAAAUUGCAGCUGAUGUACCAGGGAAAACCCUAGAAGAGAUUAAAAAUCACUACAAGCUCUUGGUUGAUGAUAUUGACCAGAUUGAAUCUGGCUGUGUGCCUCUGCCGCAAUAUAAUUCCUCUCUAGAGGGUUCAACAAGCCAUGCCGGUGAUGAAGGAACUGGUAAGAAGGGUGGCCAUGUGGGGCAUUAUAACAGUGAGUCUAAUCAUGGAAGUAAGGCUUCAAGGUCAGAUCAGGAACGCCGUAAGGGGAUUGCUUGGACUGAAGAUGAGCACAGAUUAUUUCUUCUUGGUUUGGAAAAAUAUGGGAAAGGGGACUGGCGAAGUAUAUCUCGAAACUUUGUGGUGACACGAACACCUACACAAGUGGCAAGCCAUGCACAAAAGUACUUCAUCCGUUUGAACUCGAUGAACAAAGAUAGGAGGCGAUCGAGCAUUCAUGACAUCACCAGUGUUGGCAAUGGAGACAUUCUGGCACCCCAAGGACCAAUUACUGGUCAAACAAAUGGUGGUUCUGCAGGAGGUUCCUCUGGCAAAUCAACCAAACAAACUCCUCAGCCCCCAGCUGGGCCGGCAGGUGUUGGCAUGUAUGGCACUCCGACGAUAGGGCAGCCGAUAGGAGGAUCCCUUGUCUCGGCAGUUGGUACCCCAGUGAGUCUUCCUACAGGAGGCCAUAUGGCAUACGGUGUAAGAGCCCCUGUACCUGGAGUUAUGGUUCCUGGUGCCCCAAUGAAUAUGGGUCCAAUGGCAUAUCCAAUGCCGCAUACAUCUGCACAUAGGUAAUGUGUCAUCUAGCUGCAACACGUUCAAAUGACAGAAGACUUAACGCUUGUGCUCUAGUUGGGUUUUUGGGAUAUCCUUUAGGUCAAAAGCCUGAACAUUUUUUCUUAUUUGGUACAACAAGUUUAAUGUUUAAGGUCAUUUGUCUAUUUUUGUAUCCGUUUGAAAUAAGCUGUAUGGGUAGGAAGGAAUUACCUGAAUCUGUAUAGACAACUCUGGAAGAGGUGGCGGUAUUUAUAAGUAGAACAGGAUUCUAGUUUGUUUGUCUUACAAACAAUUUAAGAGCAAUUAUUAGUCUUUAGAGGUAGUCAGUGCUUAUGUUGUAAAGAACCCUUUAUAUCUUUUACUAUUUUGAGUAGCAUAUCUAAGCCGCCAGCCGCCAGGCUUUGCUAUAUAUCUAUUUGAACUAUCCUUUCUUGGAA